GCCGACCCUGGCACGAGUACGAAUGAAGCGGGCUAAGUCGAUUUAAAUGACCUUACAUAAAAUGGAAGGGCAGGAUGGUCAAGUCAAAGUUUAUCAUCUACAUAAGAGUGAUGACAUAUAUAUACUUGGAUUCAACAUGUCCAGUCUUACACUAAAUUGUAGGCUGGCUGUAUGUAUUUCAGGGAUUUUCGUUUUGUACAUAUGUUUCGGAGCACUACAGGAAGCGAUAUUCACUGCCAAUGACCUACGGUCGUACAGUCCAUUUCUUACUCUAUAUCAAUUCGGAAUAUAUGCAGUUUUGUCAUAUUUUGAGCUACGCGCACAAGGUUACUUAAUAUUCAGUUCAUGGAUUCACCUCUACGCUGUUAUAGCUCUGCUGACACUAGGUUCAAUCGCACUUUCCAACGCCUCAGUUGGCUUCUUAAACUAUCCAACUCAGGUUAUAUUUAAAUGUUGUAAAAUGAUACCCGUUUUGCUGGGUGGAGUAGUUAUACAAGGGAAAAUGUAUUCGUUUUACGAAACUGUGGCGGUCCUUAUGAUGACACUGGGUCUGAUUUGUUUUACCCUGGUUGACGUGUCUAUACAACCAAAGUUCACUUUCUUCGGACUUUUCCUAGUUUCGUUAGCACUCUGCUGUGAUGGAGCAUUGGGUAAUUUUCAAGAAGUCGUCAUGAAGAAGUAUGGUAGAUCAAAUACAGAGAUUUUGUUUUAUUCGUACUCAGUGGGAUUUUGUGUGCUUUCCUGCGCUCUCGCAUUAACUGGUAACUUUUUACCAGCAUUUUAUUUUUUCAAUGAGGUAAGUAAUACUUAA